AAUACACGCGGGAGGAAGCGAAUCUCUCGUUUCUUUCGUAACGAUGUGGCGUUCUUGUUCCAUAAAAAAAAAAAUACUUCACUUGAGGGACUUGUUUUGAACAAAUAUAUAUGACGUCACCACGAGGUGUUGCUAAUGCUAAUUACGUAAUCAAAGGCAUUCAGGCGUAACAAAGGGCAGCACUCCUGACAGCGGUACUGGAACGCUUUUUUGCGCAACUAAAGUGAACAUACCUGGGAGUGAUCAUGCUCUACACGUAUUUUGUGUAUUUAUUUAUUUUUGUGCUUUUUGUUUCCGUGCCAAAAUAAUAACUAAUAAUAAAAAGCAAGCUAACUACGGAAAGCGGUUGGGUUAAAUUUUGCAAACGAAACAAUGCAAACCCAAACUAUCGAAUUGGAGAACAACAUAUCGCAGCAGAAGGAACGCUGGUUGACCCAACUGAGGGAGAUGAGGGACGAAAACGACUGUCUGUUAAAACUGCUCACGGAAAAGGACUUGGAAAUCAAACAGAUGACGAAGAAACUGGACAGCGAGCGCGUGCUAGCCUUGGCGGGCGCAUCGGGCAUAGCGGGCGACGCGGCCGCCGUCAAGAUCGUGGAGUUGUCCAAGAAGAACCGGGAGUUGACGUCUGAAGCGGAGCGAGAGAAGUCGAAAUCCAAACAAAACAGCAACAGAAUCAAGGAGCUUGAGAAACAGCUGCAGGCCGCUCUGUUCUCACUAUCUGGACAAAAGGCUGACGUCAACACGCAGAAGCAAAACUCGUCGAAAGACUGUGGGGACAACCCGGCGGUGAAGUCCUUGAAGGACAAAUUAUCCAUCGCCCAGCUCAAAGUCAUCGAGCAUCGCAACCAGGUUCAUUUUCUGAAGCAAGAGUUGAAACUGGCCCAGAAGGUUCUGAUGAGUGAAGUCGGGGAAGACGCCAACGUUCAGCAGUUACUGAACUGCGCGGGCAGCUUUAGAGGACGUGCGCAGCAGAUACUGGCGCUUCAGUCCAGGGUGCGUGACCUCGAGCGGCAGCUGAAGAAGGCUACGACUCAAGCGUCGAGCGUGCGCAGCGGGGAAGAAGAACCGUCCAAAAUCCCAACUCAGGGCAGAAACAUCAGCUUCAUACGGACAAUGGAGAAGGAGAAGAAGGAAGCAUUUGAGGGGAUCUCGGCCAAGUAUGAAGCCCUCCAGAAGGAACACGAAGAUAUCAAGAAGAAGCUGGAAGCCUCCAAGGCCAGAAUCAAGUGUCUGUCCGAGGAAAAGGCUGCUCAGAUAUCCGCCGCGCUGAUUAAAAGUAAACAUGACGACGAGCUGGUGCAAGCGCUGCUGAAGGAGAAGGCCCAGAUGCAGGAGAUGCUGAGUCAGCUCACCAAACAAGUGGAGGCGCAAAACACGCCGGCGGGGCAGAAUCCCGUGGCGCCGUUGAGCGGCGAGCUCAGCAUGCAGAACACUCUCAUCCAGAACUUGUACCAAGUGGUCGCUGACAAAGAGGACGCCAUCAAGGAGUUGGAGCAAAAAAUACAGCAGCUCUCAGUCAAGGAUGUGGAAAGUCAGGCCAGCAUCGGCAUUUCUGCACUUUGUCCUGAUGAGGGCGCCAUUGACAAGAAAAUAUCUCCACGUUCCGCCUUUGCUGUCAACGGGCCGUGGUAUUUGUAGACGUUUUUCAUCAACGGAACAAUCCCUGUGAGCGACGACUGUGACCGAGAGUGGACCACGUGAACUGAAAUGAAGGAUCCCCCUCCUGUUAUAAUGACGUGUUCGCGGAACCCGAAGAGGCGUUGGCGGGAAGAACACGAGCAGGAGCGUGACAGCGGCGCUCGAGCCGCAGCAAUUGGACGGCCUUCAAGUACGAGUACAGCGGGUGAGUCGCGCUCGUUCCGCUCUUCGUAUUACAUGCCGCGCAAAAGACGGCGACGUCGCUCCAGAGCCGCGGAGGGCGUCGCCGAAGAGCUCUCGGCGCGGCGACCCCGCUGACGAGAUGCGACAAGUCGAGCGUGGCUGGCCCCCGGCUCACGUCCUUACCUACCGGCUCCUCUGCCACCUCCUUUUACGGAGGUGGCGGGAUUCAAACCCAGAACCUUUUGACUUGGAGGCAGACGUAAUAACCUUCCCAGAACAGCCCCAUAAAAUACAAUAAAAAUAUAUUCCACAAUGUAA